AUGAACUUCCAAAUACUCUACGGGACCUACAUCAGACCGUUCCUGGAAUACGCCAACCAAGUUGUCCACUCAGGACGCACAAAAGACGUCACCCUCAUUGAGCGUGUCCAGCGAGUCGCUACGAAAAUGGUUGCAUGGCUCAAAUUCGUCUCGCGAUGCUUGAUCACUUUCCCUGGAGCAUCGUCGCCUCCAAGGGGACCUAAAUGCUCUGCAAAACUUUUCUCAUUUCGUGUAGUAGCUUCGUGCAAUGACCUCCCUUCGACGGUUGUCCGCGCUCCUUCUAGACCCCAGUUUAAAGCAAUACCAGACACUUAUUUGUGGACGACAGUCGCUGAACGACAAGAACAAAACCGACCCGGGAAACUUGGGCAAAAGCCUCGAUCCUGUGUAUCAAUCCAUGAAUCCUUGAAAUUCUUGGAUGAGUUCCUCCUUUCCACAAUGUCCCCAAAAUCCAUAUUCCAGCUUAGCCUUCACCUUAGAGAACAAGAUGCCCGCAAACUUAAUCCAUCGCUCCUCAUCUUCAGCGGAUGUACCAACGCAUCGCCACUACCACCCCGUAGAUUUCCGGAAUUUGUGGGUAUCGGGGACUUUUCUUCAAUGACACCGUCUGUAUCGAUGACGAAUCACGCUCGCUCCAACAACUUACAUUCGCACCCUCAUUCCACAUCUUAUCACUUUCACCAUGCUGAGGACCUGGAUCGCUUGACCACACUUUAUAUCCGUGUAAUGCAAAUUCUGUGUUUGAUUGUACUCGUUUUUGUCCUGUCCAAGCCCUUCACUGAAGCUACGCUUAUUCGCCUUGUGUUUGGCGACAAGCUGAACUAUUGCAACUACACUUACGUGCCUGCGACACAUAAUUAUCGUCGACCAUUCAAAACCUACUCUUAGCAAGUAUAUCCAGUUGAAUGAUACAGGACACCUUCACUUCAUCAAACUUGGCUGUGAUUUUGCCGGUGACUUUAUUAUUACUACCGAUCGUAUUUUUUGCCGAGUGAUAUAUGGCUGUGUUGAUUCCAAGCAAAUUAUCGAUCUUUUUGUGGAGGGGGUUUGAUCGUUGCUCGAUGUUCAUGGCUUCUGGGGAGGGAGAUUGAAUUUUUUGUUAAAGUAC